AUGUCACCCGCAGCGCCAUCUGUUUACGUCCCACCUGCUGUGCAGCACUUAAUCGCCGCCAUGAAACGUCAACUAGAAAUUGAAUGCCAGGCUCGAAAACGUGCUGAAGAACUUUAUCUAGAUGAAAUGCGCUUGCGCAUUCAGAUGGAAGAAGUGGUUGAUAGGUCACAGAGGGAACGGGGACAGACACAAGAACGAGGUACAUCUCAGCGAUAUCCCUCAGUGCAUGCUUCACCGCGUGCGACUUCGGCGCACGCAAGUCCAGAAGGAGCUGGGCAGCGGGAUGGUGAAGUCGAACCAAUAUCCAUUGAUACCACUUAUCCGAAUGCUACGACGGAAGAUUCUUGUGCUUAG